GAAUUCCAAUCCCAACUCAUUUUACCCCACCCUACCCCAUCCUAUCCCAUCCUAUCCCAUCCUAUCCCAUCCUAAAGAUAUUGUGUUUUGAAUUUUUGGAUUACUCAUAGCUAUCACUACGAUCGCUUGGAAGGUUGUUAUUGCCAAACUACUGUUCAACAUGCAAGAAGACGAAAGCAAACCGAAUUGUCAUGCGCUUUUGAUCGGAAUCAAUCUUUAUCAACAGUUGUUGCCGACAGGCGCCUACAAAGACUGGUCGCUGAAAGGAUGUGUACGAGAUGUCCAAGAAAUCAAGGAGUACAUGGAAGAUAUACUGCAUGUCAAACAUAUACAGAUGUUAACGGCGAGUACGCUCGAUGAACACUCUCGUCUGAGUGCAGAUUUUAUUCAUCCGAUCGAAGAGCCAGAGCUGUGGCCAACAUACGCAAAUAUAAUCUCCAGUUUAGAUUAUAUCAAUUCUUCAGCCAAGCCCGGCGAUUCCGUAUACAUACAUUUCUCUGGGCAUGGUACCUCCAAAGACUCUACAGAACCCAUGAUGUUGGUUCUCUUUGAUAGAGGGAGCAAUCGCGGUCUUCGUUAUCUGCAAGGCUCGGAAUUGACACAAUUGCUCAGUAAGAUGGUGGAUAAGAAAUUGACAGUGACGCUUGUGCUAGAUUGCUGCCAGUCUGGUGGCGUCAUGCGCAACGAUUCUUCAAUCCGAUUUCUUGAAUACGACCCUCUGGUCGAUGCUGCAUAUCCAUCUUCUCAUGAGCAGUAUCUUAACCCAACCUACCGCCACAUCGCCGCAUCUUGUGAUACGCUGAGAAAUCCAAGUGGUUACAUGAUCAUCACUGCUGCUGGUCCUCACGAGAAAGCGCAAGAGCAUGAUUUCAGUAAAAAUAAACAUAAUAAACAAUAUCAUGGGGUGCUAUCCUAUUUCUUACUCAAAGCCUGGAAAGAGUCUGGUGGUCCUACAGUGAAACAAAAGCUUAUUUACGAAUACCUGUCUAUCAGGGUCCGAAAAACUUGCCAGGGACAGAAUCCUAUGUGUUAUGGAACCAAUAUUCGAGGAUUUUUUGGAGACGUCCCAACGGGAAUCAAUCAAACAUCUAUUCUCGUGGUCAUAAAACCAGAUAAAAACAUACAAUUAGAAGCUGGCCAUAUACAUGGUAUUUGUGACGGCGAUCAAUUUUUCUUACAUCCUUUCGGCGAUUCCAAUUCUGAAUCGGGAGAGCCAAUAAUUGCCAAGGUCAUACAUGUUCGAACUCUUGUUUCAGACUUGAAAUUAUUAAAUAUAGCAUCUACUGAAGUCAGGACAUGUUGGUUCGCAACACCGCUUACACGCCUAUCCUUGAGGAAAUUCCCCAUUCGAAUCCAGCUCAGUGCCCCGUUUCAUGAUGAUUGGGAGACAGCUCGGAAAGAACGACAAUCACUCAAUAUCAUCGAUAUGAAUCAGACUCUAGAACAACCAACCUCUUUCCUCGUGAUUCAAAAUAACGGAACCGAAAACGGUUACGAAAUCAGAGAUGAAUCCUCAAUAAUUAUUGAACAGCCUAGCACAACACAUCAUAAAACGGGGAAUCCAGAUGGUAUUUUAGAUAUUAUCGAGCAUAUCGCGAGGUUUAAACUAGUGAAAAAUAUAGUCAACAAAGCACUAGCAGAUCCAACACACCCUUUUAGAGAAUCAUUCAACAUUAAACUUACCAACUCAGUUGGAAAAGACUUUUAUCCAGGAUGUUCACAGACAGGCUGGUUUCAAUCUGGGUGUUCCCAUCUAGAAUGCUCGGUAGAAGUGGAUGAUGGCGACCGAAUUCAUCUGCAUGUGCAGAACAAAGGUGAUUAUAAUCUUUAUGUUUAUGUUCUCAGUCUAGGGCCACUUUGGGAAAUAGAAGGUGCUCUCCAUGCGAGUCAUGCGGUUAUUCCGGUAUCAGGAAAAGUACUCGAAAAAUCAAAUAAUUCCAAUGAUUGGACUAGAAAACUAAAGAUAAGGACACCAGACAUCAUAAAGCAGAGGCGGCAAGAUCAACAUGAAGAGGUCAUCAAAGUGUUCCUCACCACUCGACUAACUUCAUUUGCUUCACUGGAGUUGCCGGAACUCGGUAAAUCACUAGAAGUGGUUCGGCCUAAUACUAAAAGGGAAACAGGAGGUGAUGGUCCUCCGGAAAAUUGGGCCGCAGUCAACUUCCGCAUCCGCGUGUCUUCAAAGUAGCAGUAAAUGGGAUAGGGAUAGCGGCCUGGAAUCAAAAGGUAUUAAGGUUAAGUGGAUUGUAUCAGUUGUGUCAUAGAUUGAGCAACUCGGGAAUUAUGUGCAGGAAUACAAGAUUUGUAGCAAUAUAUAUUUUGUGAUGCA